CAACAUAAUAUUAAUCAUGAGGGUGCUUUUAGUACUUGGUGUGGUAUGCCUGGCGGCAAUGUGCGCCGGCUACGAAGCCGGCAGCGACGACCUCGCGGUGGCCGCCUCGGGCCAUCAUCACGAGCAUGGCGGCGGUCACGAGCACCAUGCACAUCAUCAUCACGAUCACGGCGGCAAGGGACACAAAGGACACAAGGGACACCAUCACCACCACAAGGGCGACCACGGCCACCAUGGCAAGCACCAUCAUGAGGAACACCACCACGAGCACGGUGGCGGCCACAAGAAGCACUGGGACGAGCACGACCACCAUGGUGAACACCAUGAGCAUGGACACCAUCACAAGGGCGGCAAGCACGGCCAUAAGGAACAUCAUGACAAGGGCGAGCACGUUGAUGGAUACCACAAGAAGCACCAUAAGGAUCACUUCCACAAGGACCAUCACUUCCAUGACGGACACCACCAUGAGGGCAAGCACCACAAGCACGACCACCAUCACGGACACCACGAGAAACACGGUGGCGGCCACAAGAAGGGAGGACACCACCACUCCGGCCAUCAUGAUGAACAUUACGGCAAGCACGGCCACCACGACAAACACCACUACGACGAGGAUCACCAUGGACACAAGGGACACCACGGACACGAGGGACACCACCACCACCACCAUGAUCACGGCAAGAAGGGUGAACAUGAUGACCACAAACACUGGGGAUUCCACCACGGCAAGCACUGAGAGCAUUCUCCCUGAU